UUGUGAAAACGAAAUUCACAGCUGUUUCUUCCACUACAGUGAUAAUCAAAGCUGUGAGAUCCUUAAGCUUCACAGCAGUCAAUAUCACAUGCUACUUUUAACUGCAUUGGCUUUAAAUUAGAGUUGAUGCUCUAAUGAAGGAGAAAAAACAUGGUGACAUUUCAGAGUCAUGCCCCUCAUCACAUUAAUGAAAUGAAUGUAACCUGUGAUUAACAAACACUCGUGGUAUAAAAAGGCCAGCUGCUAGCAGAUAUGUCUGACAACGUGAGCUCCAGAAUUGACACCCCAACCAACAUCUCUCUGAGUCCCAGUGCCGCCGUCUCUGAGUCACUGGAGUACAAGACGGUGUCAGUGUUCCUGGUCCUGCUGGUGUGUGGCGUGGGCAUCGUGGGGAACAUCAUGGUGGUCCUCGUAGUCCUCACCACACGCCACAUGCGGACACCCACCAACUGUUACCUAGUCAGCCUGGCCAUAGCUGACCUGACGGUGCUGGUAGCAGCCGGGCUGCCCAACGUGUCGCACAGUCUGACAGGCACAUGGGUCUUUGGCCACGCUGGCUGUCUGGGGAUCACCUACCUUCAGUACCUGGGCAUCAAUGUGUCCUCCUGCUCCAUCACCGCCUUCACCGUGGAGAGGUACAUAGCUAUCUGCCAUCCAAUGAAGGCUCAGACAGUCUGCACAGUGUCCCGGGCCAAGCGCAUCAUUGCUGGUGUUUGGAUCUUCACCUGUGUCUACUGCAUGCUGUGGUUUUUCCUGGUGGACAUUCAGGUCAGUAAGGAUGGACAUGUGCAGUGUGGCUACAGAGUGAAACGCGAGCUCUACCUGCCCAUCUACCUCAUCGACUUUGCCAUUUUCUAUGUAAUCCCGCUGCUCCUCGCCAUUGUGCUGUAUGGCUUGAUAGCACGCAUCCUCUACCUCAGCCCUCUGCCCAACCAUCCUGACACUAGUGCCACCACAUUGCGUCGGAGCUGCCGCGAAGCCUCUGAAGUGGGGAAGGGGGGUCGCCAGGGCCGGCCAAAGAGCGCGCUCUCCUCCAGGAAACAGGUGACAAAGAUGCUGGCAGUAGUGGUAAUUCUAUUUGCUCUACUGUGGAUGCCCUACCGGACUUUAGUUUUGAUCAACUCUUUUGUGUCCACACCAUAUCUGGAUGACUGGUUCCUCCUGUUUUGUCGUACAUGCAUCUAUGCCAACAGUGCUAUAAACCCUGUGAUAUACAACGCCAUGUCUCAGAAGUUUCGCUCAGCAUUUCGAGGGCUUUACCGCUGCCAGCGGCCAGAGGGAAAUCAGAGGACGCUGUCGAUGAUCCAGACUGGCUUCAGCACCGUACGAGACAUCCGAUCGUCCCAGGCCAAUAGCAAUGGAACAAAUGAAAAAGCAAGGAGAGCGAUCCUGAAUACUGCAACUGACCUGAAUACAAAGCAGAAUGGAAGCAGUCAUCAGGAGACAGCAACAGUCAAUGGCAAGAAAGCAGAUCAUCCCAUCGACAUCAGCACAGCUACUGUUGGUUUGAAUGGUGGUCCGGCUGAGACGGUGCCAUCUGGUGAUGAGGAGUUGGUUUGGGCUUCAUUAAAUGAUACCACAGUUAAUUUUGCAGACAGACAAAUAACAAACGAUCAGCAGGAAAGCAUGUAAAUUUUCAUAUCACCAUAUGGUAGGAUAUGAAAAAAUGGAGUUUUAGGUAACGAUAAAAGAGUAAAGAAACAUGUGACUUGCAUUUACUUCAUGAUUUAAAAGUGGUAGAUUUCACCUUGACCACUGAGGCCACAUGUUAAGAGAUGAGGGAUGAAGGGUGCAUUGCACACGGUGGCAUGGAAUUUCUUAAGCCACAAAAUCUGUUCAAAAUUGCAGGUAAAAAUGUGAGCUUCUAAAUGAAUCAAAGUUUAUAGAAGAAAGGCUGCAUAUGUUUUAUUUAAAGCAGUUUUUAUGCUCCAAAAAUACAUAGCAGACUGGUUCUUGUACUGAAUCAAGACCAUAACGAACUCCUGAACUAGAAUCUGUUUCAUCUAGUGAUGUAAUGGAAGUCAGAUAUUAUGAAUCAAAAACAAAAAAGGAUUAAUUUGCCUUUGGAAGAUUGUACAUACUGCAAUUUAACUAAUUUGUCAUAUCUAACAUUUUGUACAGAAGAAUUUGAUGUGACACUUUUGUGUGUAAAAAGGACACAAUGAUCUUUUCAAUAUUUCCAUCACUAAUCAAAGCACUUAUUCUAUGAUUGUGUUCCUGUUUUCUAAUCUGUCACACAUUCUCCAGUCCAACCCAACUGCUUUAAAAGAAACACUUUCUUUUUUCUAGUACUACAGCAAGCACAGUCUAAAAGUUAAGAAAAGAUAAAAAACAAAUCUGUUUAGAAGAUUUAGUUAACCCAACAGUGUUAAAGGUUAGGUAGGGGGUAAUUAUUUGUGUGAACUGCUGAGCCUGUUUAUACCUGCAUCUUGGGUGAUACGAUGAC